AUGGCUACGUCUAUACUUGGGGAAGAACCACGGUUUGGAACUACACCUCUAGCUAUGCUGGCUGCAACUUGCAACAAAAUUGGCAACACCAGUCCUCUUACAACUUUACCUGACUCGAGCGCUUUCUCAAAAGGUGGAUUUCACCCGUGGAAAAGAUCCUCCUCCAGCUGUAACUUGGGAUCCAGUCUGCCCGGUUUCACAGUAGCAACAAGCCGCGCGUCGACAGGACUAACACCGACCAGUGGCACAGGCAACAGCGCCUUUUGCUUAGCCUCCACCUCCCCGACCUCGUCUGCAUUUUCCACAGAGUACAGCGGUCUGUUUUCCAACUCCGCGAGCGUCACAUCCCAAGAGUCUGGACAGUCGGCUUUUAUCUCCAAAGUCCACACAUCAGCAGAGACUCUGUACCCGCGGGUGGGGAUGGCACACCCGUACGAAUCGUGGUACAAGUCCGGUUUCCACUCAACCAUCUCUGGUGAUGUUACCAACGGAGCGUCUUCGUGGUGGGACGUCCACACAAACCCCGGGUCGUGGCUCGAUGUCCAAAAUCCUGCAAGCACCCUCCAGACCUCGCUGCACUCCGGGACGCCCCAGGCCAUCCACUCCCAGCUGAGUGGCUACAACCCGGACUUCUCCUCGCUGACCCACUCGGCGUUUAGCUCCACUGGAAUCAGCCCCUCUGCGUCUCAUCUACUGUCCACCAGUCAGCACCUGUUAACACAGGACGGUUUCAAAACAGUUAUCCCCACUUACACAGACGCUUCUGCCGCCAACGCCAUGAUUUCUGGUGGCAGUUCAGGAAUAAGUAGCUCCUCAAGGUCGUCCCGGCGGUACUCCGGUAGAGCAACAUGUGACUGUCCGAACUGCCAGGAGGCCGAGCGACUGGGACCCGCCGGGGCCAGCCUGCGGAGAAAGGGACUCCACAGCUGCCACAUUCCCGGCUGCGGUAAAGUGUAUGGAAAGACAUCUCACCUCAAAGCGCAUUUGAGAUGGCACACCGGCGAGCGGCCUUUUGUCUGCAACUGGCUUUUCUGUGGCAAAAGGUUUACUCGGUCCGAUGAGCUCCAGAGACACCUUCGCACCCACACCGGCGAGAAACGGUUUGCUUGCCCGGUGUGUAACAAGCGCUUUAUGCGGAGUGACCAUUUGAGCAAGCACAUCAAAACGCACACGGCCGGUGGAGGAGGCAAAAAGGGGAGCGACAGUGACACCGACACCAGUAACCUGGAGACCCCGAGGUCCGAGUCUCCAGAACUUAUUUUGGAGGGAGUAAAUCCCAGAAUCACUGUUAAGGAUCCGUCUCCUCACGACGAGCCCUAA